AUUUCUUCUCUUCAGUCGAGAGAAGCUUUGCAACUUUAACAAUUUCCAUUUCCUUUUUCUAUUCAACCGAAAGAAAUGAGAGAAAAUUUGGGGUAACUUUGCAGUUUGCAGUGGCAGUAAAAACUGGAAGAAAUGAAGAAAUGUUUGUUCAAUUCUUGUGCUGGUGGGUCGAACCAAAAAAAGGAGAAUACACCAAAGGAGCUGCUGCAAAACAGCGGGAGAAUUUGAAGAAAAUCCAAGGGAUUCUAGCAAGAAAGUAAUGGACUUGCGAGGUUAGCUUAAGAAGCAUAAAUGGCCUUGGAAGUCCAAGAGCUGCGUGAGGAUAUUGAGUUGAACAAGCUUCUUCAAGCUUGUAAGGUAAACGUGUAUCUGCCCAAAACUUUAUUGUGGUCCAAGGUUUUCAUGAAAUCCAUUCCAGGGAAUCUAUAUAAGUGAAUUAUAGCUACUUAUUACUAGUAGACAUAUUCGUUUUGUAUAGCCUGAACUUGAGUUCUUACUGUUUGUCUAUCCGUAAGUUGUCCUGAAACUUAUUCCUUAUAAACUAGUAAGUCUUUUCACUGUUGCAGAAUUUUUAAACAUGGCUGCCUCUGUGCUGGUUUACAUGUUUUCAAAAAAGGAACUUAAGAGAUGUUUAUUAUAUUUAUGUGUGUUUGUGUGUGUGUGUGUGACUAACAAAAUGAAAUUUGGUAUUAAAGGUUAGAGCUCAAACCUUUAUGUAUAGUCCUUUGAACUGUAUGUUUUUUUUCAACAUUUUAACAUAAUUCUUAGAUUAUUCAUUUUUUAUUUUCAUUUAUUACUUUUCUUAAAAAAUUGAAGAAUGAAUAGGCAUUAACUUUUUACUUCCCCAAGACAUUGUAUUAUUCCCCUUUUCCAUUUUAAAUGCUUAGGCUAUUUCUUUUUCCAACUUUUUGAUAUUAUUACCCAUUCAAUAAUAGCUUGGGAGUUGGAGAGGCUUUUAUGUAUGUAUAUAAAAGCUUAGUAUGUCUUUUUUCAGCUAUAUGUUUUUGUUGAAUAUUAGUGAUUUCUUUCCAUCAUGUUUGGGAGGUUUGAUAACAUUACUGACAUGAAUCCAUCAAAGGAGCAAUAGAGGUUAAAGGUUAGAGUUAUUAGGCUUUAGAAACAAAGAAACCAUGUCUAGGAGAAAAUGUUGAGAUGGUCCUUUUAAAUGAACAUGUAAUGGUUUAUAAUAUCUCCUUUUUUUUGAACAUUUUUAUGCUUUUAUUCCUUUAUCUUCUCUCCCUCUUUUUUCAUUUUUAUGGUUAUUACACUUAGGUGGAAGAAUUCAAGCUACUGCAAGGGCUUCUCUUUAAACCAAAGAUUUAUUAAAGGAAGAACAUGUUUAUAUUUUUUUGCUUUUGGUGUUUGUAUGAAUGUCAAUCCUUUUAGGCCCACUACUCAUGAUUAAAAGAUUGUUUUCUAC